GGAGGAAGGAUAGAUUUGAGUAUUUGAUGCAUGGCAUUGAGAAGGAAGAGGGGGAUGAGGGCAGAAAUUGGGAAGGGAGACAGGGAAGAGCUAAAAGACAGAGAAGAAACAGCAGCCAGGGAUGGGAUGAUGGGGAAAAAAGGCAGGAAAAGAGGAAAGAAAAGAAGCACGGGAAGGGGAAAGUGAAGGGGGUGGAAAAGGUGGGGAAGAGGAAAAUAAAGGAGGAAAAAUUGCUGGAAGAGGAGCAAGAGAUGGAGAAUGAUGAGAAAGGAGUAGGAGGUGAAGAGGAGGAGAGGGUGGGAAAGGGAAAUGGAGCUGGAAAAGGAAUAAAGAAGGUGGAAGAGGUAGAUGAGAAAGGGGAAGAAGGACUGGGAGAGACUGGGAGUGCAGGGAUGGGGCAGGAGGUGAAGGAGGAGGAGAUUGAAGGGAAGGGAGAUGUUCCAGGGAAGAAGAAAAAGCGAAAAAACAAGAAGAAAAAGGCAGAAGGGGAUACAAAAGGGAUGGAGAAAAGGAGUGAAGAGGAGGAAACCCCAGGGAAAGCUGGGAAAAGGAAGUCUAAGGAAGGAGAAGAAAAGAAAAAGGAAGAAAAGAAUGACAAAAAGACAAAAAAACAGAAGGAAGAAGAAAAAGAGGCAGAAAACAAAUGGAAAUGGUAAAUU